AUGGAAGCAGAAACGGGGAGCAAUGUGGAGACUGGGAAGAUGGCCAGCAGAGGCACUCGAAUUGCCCUGGUGGUGUCCGUAGCUGGCACCGUGGUGCUGGGCACUCUCCUCUUUCUAGUGAGUCAAGGUUUCUUAAGUCUCCAAGCUAAACAGGAGUACUGCUUGACGCCAGAAUGCAUUGAAGCUGCUGCUGCCAUCUUGAGUAAAAUCAAUCUGUCUGUGGAUCCCUGUGAUAAUUUCUUCCGGUUUUCUUGUGAUGGCUGGAUAAACAAUAAUCCAAUUCCUGAAGAUAUGCCAAGCUACGGGGUUUAUCCUUGGCUGAGACAUAAUGUUGACCUCAAGUUGAAAGCACUUUUGGAGAAAUCAGUCAGGCGAAGGCGGGACACUGAAGCUGUACAGAAAGCCAAAAUGCUUUAUUCAUCCUGCAUGAAUGAGAAAGCAAUUGAAAAAGCAGAUGCCAAGCCGUUGCUGCAUAUCCUGCGGCACUCGCCUUUCCGCUGGCCUGUGCUGGAAUCGAAUAUCGGUCCUGAAGGGGUUUGGUCAGAGAGGAAGUUCAGCCUUUUGCAGACACUUGCAACUUUUCGUGGUCAAUACAGCAAUUCUGUGUUCAUACGUUUGUAUGUGUCCCCUGAUGACAAGGCGUCCAAUGAACACAUCUUGAAGCUGGACCAAGCAACCCUCUCCCUAGCCGUGAGAGAAGACUAUCUUGAUAACAGCACAGAAGCCAAGUCUUAUCGAGAUGCCCUUUACAAGUUCAUGGUGGAUACUGCUGUGCUUUUAGGAGCUAAUAACUCCCGAGCAGAACAUGACAUGAAGUCGGUGCUUAGAUUGGAAAUUAAAAUAGCCGAAAUAAUGAUUCCACACGAAAACCGAACCAGUGAGGCCAUGUACAACAAAAUGAACAUUUCUGAACUGAGUGCUAUGAUACCCCAGUUCGACUGGCUGGGCUACAUCAAGAAAGUCAUCGACACAAGACUCUACCCCCAUCUGAAGGAUAUCAGCCCCUCGGAGGACAUAGUCGUCCGUGUCCCACAGUACUUUAAGGAUUUGUUCAGGAUUUUAGGCACAGAGAGGAAGAAGACCAUCGCCAACUAUUUGGUAUGGAGGAUGGUUUAUUCCAGAAUUCCAAACCUUAGCAGGCGCUUUCAAUAUAGGUGGCUGGAAUUCUCCAGGGUAAUCCAGGGGACCACAACUUUACUGCCUCAGUGGGACAAAUGUGUAAACUUUAUUGAAAGCGCCCUACCUUACGUUGUUGGAAAAAUGUUUGUGGAUGAGCACUUCCAGGAAGAUAAGAAAGAGAUGAUGGAGGAAUUGAUUGAGGGUGUCCGCUGGGCCUUUAUUGACAUGCUGGAGAAAGAAAAUGAAUGGAUGGAUGCAGGGACCAAAAGGAAAGCCAAAGAAAAGGCAAGAGCUGUUUUGGCAAAAAUCAAGUUUUCAGAAUCUGACUACUUUGGCAACGUCCUGCAAACCCGCAAGUAUUUAGCACAGUCUGAUUUCUUCUGGCUAAGAAAAGCAGUUCCAAAAACAGAGUGGUUCACAAAUCCAACAACAGUCAAUGCCUUCUAUAGUGCAUCCACCAACCAGAUACGAUUUCCAGCAGGAGAGCUCCAGAAGCCUUUCUUUUGGGGAACAGAAUAUCCUCGGUCUCUGAGUUACGGCGCUAUAGGAGUAAUUGUGGGACAUGAAUUUACACAUGGAUUUGAUAAUAAUGGAAGAAAAUAUGAUAAAAAUGGAAACCUGGAUCCUUGGUGGUCUGUUGACUCAGAAGAAAAGUUUAAAGAAAAAACAAAGUGCAUGGUUAACCAGUAUAGCAACUAUUAUUGGAAGAAAGCUGGCUUAAAUGUGAAGGGGAAGAGGACCCUGGGAGAAAAUAUUGCUGAUAAUGGUGGUCUCCGGGAAGCUUUCAGGGCUUACCGGAAAUGGGUAAAUGACCAAAGACAGGGAGUAGAAGAGCCUCUCCUACCAGGCAUCACGUUCACCAACAACCAGCUCUUCUUCCUGAGUUAUGCUCAUGUGAGAUGUAAUUCCUACAGACCAGAAGCUGCUCGAGAACAAGUCCAGAUUGGUGCUCAUAGCCCCCCUCAGUUUAGAGUCAAUGGUGCAAUUAGCAACUUUGAAGAGUUCCGGAAAGCUUUUAACUGCCCACUCAAUUCCACGAUGAACAGAGGCGUGGACUCCUGUCGACUCUGGUAG